UUACAUUAACCUCAAAUAAACCAACCGUUUUUAAAACAUUGAAAUAAACAUUAAGAGACAAAAUGAGUGAAAUAAUAAAUUUGGACGAUGAAUCCAGUGAAGAUACAAUUAUAUUUGAUAACAAUAAAUCACAGGAAGAUGAAAUUGAACGUAUCUUGAAAAAAUAUUCGAAGAUCCAACAACCGUGUGAAUUUAAAAAAACACCUUUAGAUUUUAGUCUACAUGAUUUAAUUAACGACAACGGUUCAAAAAAUGAAAAAGUCACCGAAAAGUAUUCAAAAGUUGCAGGCCCAAGUGGAAUAAGCAAUUUUUAUUCACUUUCAGAUGAUGAUGAUGAUGAUUUAAUGAAUGUACCAAAAGAAAUUUGCCAAUUAGAUGAUGUUGAUACAAAACUUAAACAAAAAGCAGCAAAGCGAGUUAAAAUAACGUGUGAUAAGGAAACGAAAAUUCAUGCAGCAGAAAUACAAAAAUUGAGAAGGGAAGAGAAAAAAGAGAAACUAGCAAGAGAAAAAGCUAUGAAAAAUGCUUUACAAGUUGUUGAAAAAAGUAUAAAACCAGAUGAAUGUAUGAAGUUUAUUACUGUAAAUGUUGAUUAUGGAAUUUUUGAAAAAGACUUUGGUCCAAUAGUGAGAGAAACAUUAGAAAAAAGCACCAUGUCUUACAAAUCAAAAUCACAAAUUAUACCAAACACAAUCACUUGGACUAGAUCAGUGCAAACUUUAGUGAAUGAGGAACUCACUUCAGUACAGCAGGAUGAAAAACAUGCAUUAAUUUUGAUGGAGUGCGAUGAUUUUAUUAAUCACAUUGAAGAAAAUAAUUUAAAACAACAUAUACAAUCGAUUUAUACAAUCAAUGGCUUACAACAGUUAUCUUUGGGUGUUUUUGGAUUGGAAAAAUAUUACAAAACAUUAAAAACUAGAGAGAAGAGAAAUUUUCAAGUGGAAAUGCGACAAAAGACCACCUUUAGCAGAGACGAAGGUGUCUCCAAAGCUAAAAUUGAAUAUGCCCUUACUGAAUUACAAAUAAUGUGUAAGUGUUAUUUCAGAUCUUUAGACAGCUAUGAAGACGUUUCAAUGUUUCUUAUGGAGUGUACGAAAUCUGUCGCUCAAAUUCCUUACAAACUGAAAAAACAAGAAAAAUACGACAACGAAACCGAAUAUUUCGCUGGGGAUAAUAAAGACUGUGUCCAAGUAGACAAAAACGGCAAUGGCUUGUCGAGAUUGUGGACGCAAAUGUUGACGAUGUUUCCACUGGCCAGGCUUGAAACUGCCGAAGCUAUUACUGCUGUUUAUCCAAAUCCUCGCUCAUUAAUUGAGGAUUACGCCCAGUGCGAUGAGGAAACAGGCGAGCAGUUGUUGCAGGAAUUGAGGGUUAGAAGGGCGGCAGGUCUCAAUAGUACCGUUCGAAAAAUAGGUCCCGAAAUGAGCAGGAAAUUGUUUAAUUUUUUUACGGCGCGAGACAAUAUUAUGUUAUAAUCAGUUAACAAUUUUAAUCGUGUCUUUAUUAUGUGUAUACCCUUUUUAUGUAGUCUUUUUAAAAUGAACAUAUUUUUAUUAUUUUUUUUAUAAAACUUCUACUUUUUAUAUAUAUAUAUACCUACUGUA